GUUCGUGUCGUACCUAAUGUACUGAAUGACUAUUGAAAACACAAAUGUUUAGUAUAUAAACACACCGUAUGUUUGCAUUUGAUUGCAAUAAAUCUGACAAUUAUUAUUGAAAAUACAUUAUAGUUGUUCACAACUUUUAGAAAAUUUCAUUGUUUUGUGCGAUAACUUAUUAUUAUUAUUAAAAUGUUUGACAUAAGUUAUACAACAUUAGCUAUCAUUACUACAGCAUCAUUGACUGCACUUUAUUUUUAUUUGACCAAAAAUUUUAACUACUGGUCAUCCCGUGGCGUAAAAGGUCCGAAACCGGUCGUAUUGUUUGGAAAUGUUUGGGAAUUGAUUAUCAAACGAUUUCAACUGAUAGAAGAGGACCGGUUAGCUAAAUAUGGAUCUAUCUAUGGUAUAUAUAUGGGCAAAGAUCCGAUGUUGGUUGUGGCCGAUCCCGAGUUAAUCAAAAACAUUAUGGUUAAAGAUUUUCAUAUUUUUGUCAAUCGCCGAGACUUGGGACCAAUUGAUGAAGUGAUGGAUCACGCGAUGACCGUUGUUAAGGACGACGAAUGGAAAAGACAGAGAUCUAUUGUGUCGCCGUCAUUCACUACGGGAAAGUUGAGAAAAAUGAUGACAUUAGUGGAUCAUUGCGCCCAAAGUGUCGACCGGGUCUUAGAUAAGGUGGCCACUGAUGGUAAUGAAAUAGAGAUGAAGGGACUGAUGGGCAACUAUACCAUGGAUGUGAUCGCCAGCUGUGCUUUUGCCACCAAAACCGACACUCAUAACGACCCGAACAAUCCGUUUGUUGUGAACGCCAAGUCAUUGUUUUCGGGUAGUCUAUGGAGAGGUGUCUUAUUUUUAUUGGCCAAUCGUAUGAUGCGCUUCUUCAAGAUAUCUAUUAUCGAUCCGUCUGUCUAUAAGUUUUUCCUGAAUGCCAUCAAAGAGAUUAUCAAACAAAGAAAAGAGGAUCAAAGUGGUCACAAACACUACGACUUUCUUCAGCUGAUGAUUGACGCACAGAAAAAGGUUGACAACAAUGUGACUGCUGUUGAUGAUGACAACAACAGCAGCAGCAGCGCCGAUGACAAGCUUAUGGAUGCUGAAGCACAUCACGGCCUGGAAGACAAUAGCCGAUUGUUGAAGAACAGAGACAAACUGGAAAUCAAAGAGAUUGAUAUAUUAGCCACGAGUUUUGUUUUCUUUUUGGCCGGUUAUGAGACAACGGCCACACUGUUGGCUCAUUUGAUCUAUUCGUUGGCCAUUAAUCCGGAAUCUCAGCAGAAAUUGGUGGACGAAAUCCGCGGUAAUUGUGACGCCAGCGGCCAUAUUGAUUACGAGACAAUUAUACGGUUGCCUUAUUUGGACGCCUGUAUAUCGGAGACACUGCGUAUGUAUAGUCCGGCUCCGCAAACCGGUCGUGUAGCCUCUCAGGACUACAAAUUAGGCGAUACGGGAAUAACAGUGGAAAAGGGUGUACACAUAAUCAUACCGAUUCACGCACUACACUACAACCCCGACUACUAUCCCGAACCGAAACAGUUUCGACCGGAACGCUUUCUCCCGGAAAAUCGUGAUAAAAUCAUACCCUACACCUAUCUGCCGUUUGGUGCCGGUCCGCGAAAUUGUGUGGGUAUGCGUUUCGCGCUUAUGGAGGCCAAGACUGUAGUCGUCCGGACACUCAUAAAGUAUGAAUUUGUACGAACAGCCAAUACUAAAGUUCCCUUAAAGUACGUACAAAAGUCAACGUUCCCCAUACCGACCGAUAUUACAAUAGGCGUACAGUACAGGCAAACCGUUUAG